AUGCCGGCAACCAACCAGGGCUGGCCCGAGGCCUUCGGGUUCAAGAUAAGCGGGACCGGUCCGUGCUACAUCCUCUGGGUGCAGGAGGGCAGCAGCGCGGCGGUGGCAGGGCUGCGGCCGGGCGACGAGGUGCUGGAAAUCGAGGGGCAACCCGUCUCCUCCCUGGGCUGCGAGGCGCUGCUCGGGCUGGCCAGGCGCUGCGGCAACGUGCCCCCCAGCAUCGGGGUGGUCUCCCGCCUACAGCACGCCGACAUCCCCCCCGGUCCCCGGGGAUGCUUCGGCUUCGAGCUGGCAAGCGGCAGCCCCCCACGAGUGGCCAGCGUCAGCCCGGAGUCGCCUGCCGCUGCCUGCGGGAUCGAGCCGGGGGAUUACGUGCUGGAAGUCAACGGGAUGCCGGUGAUGCUGCAGGAAGCGGCGGCCGCCCUGGUGGGGUCCUGCCACGGGCGGUCCCUGCGGCUGGGGCUGCUGCGGCCGCAGCGUGGGGCUGGCGCGUGGGACCCCGUUCCCAGCGCCGACGCCGUGCGCCAGGAGAGGAAGCAGAAAGCGCAGGAAUUCAGCAGAAAGGUGGAUGACAUCCUCGGUGACCAGCCAGAGGUCAAGGAGAAGGUGUUCACCGUCCUGAAGCAGUAUGCGGCAGAGCGGAAGGUGGAAUACUUGGCCUAUGCCCUCUGCAUGGUCCUCACCCAGGAGUCCCACCAGCAUCUGAUUGAGAACAUCAGGAUUUUCAUCCCCAAGAAGCACCGGCAGCGGUUUGACGAGGUGGUGUCUCAGAGCCUGAUCAGCAAGCUCUGCCGCUCCAAGAGCGAGCAGCACAGCAAUCGGCUGCGGCGCAGCCGGAGCGAGGACCACCAGGAGCGGCUCCUCGUCUCCACCCGCGCCAGCUCCGUGCCCCGCAGCCACGAGGAGGUCAGCAAGAGCCUGCGGAAAACCACCUCGCUCAUCACCAGCAAUGUGGCCUCGGGGGCUGCCCGCAGAACCGUACGAGUUUAUAAAGGCAACAGAAGCUUUGGCUUCACGCUACGUGGCCAUGCCCCGGUGUGGAUCGAGUCUGUUCUGCCAGGGAGCCCGGCUGAGAAGGCUGCUCUCAAAGCUGGAGAUCGGAUCCUAUUCCUCAACGGCCUGGACAUGAGGAACUGCUCCCAUGACAAGGUGGUGUCGAUGCUGCAGGGCAGCGGGGCGAUGCCCACCUUGGUGGUGGAAGAGGGAAUCGUCAACUUCUCCAACGACUCUGACUCUGCUGACUCCCCGAGCACCUCCUCCGCCCUCACCUCCCUGCAGUGGGUUGCAGAGAUACUCCCCUCUAGCAUCAAGAUUCAAGGAAGGACCUUCACCCAGCAGCUGGAGCACCUGCUGACUCCACCCGAGCGCUAUACCAUCUGCAAAGCGCUGGAAGGCUUCUUCCAACAUCGGAACAUUGACACUCUCAUUGUGGAUGUGUACCCGGUGCUGGACACACCGGCCAAGCAAGUCAUUUGGCAGUUUAUCUACCAGCUGCUGACGUAUGAAGAGCAGGAGCACUGCCAGCAAAAGAUUGCCAGGUUUCUUGGUUACAAGUCCUUGGCAGCAGAGCCAGAAGCGGAGGACCGCUACCGCAGCUCUGUUCGAGGGGCCUCCUUGUGCCGGGGAAGCCUUCGAACCCCCCGCCCCGAGGAAGGGGGGGCAGCAGGCCAGAGUGACACCGUGGAGGUCCCCGUUCGCCUGAUCCCUGGAGAGAGACAGGCUGGCGAUGGCACAUCCCUCCCGGAGACACCCAACCCCAAAAUGAUGUCGGCUGUCUACGCAGAAUUAGAAAACCGCCUGAUCGGCAGCUUUGCUGGCAAGAUGGGUAAUGCUGCCCUGCACAGAGCAUCGCCUCCUGCCCCAGAGCUGGCACACGCUGCAGGUACUCGCAAGGCGGGGAUGCCGAUCUCGUGGCCGAGCGACCCUCUGGCCUCCCAGCAGUGCUACUACCGCCUGCACAGCAGUGUGGCCUCUCCGAGCAGCACCGAGUCCAACCCCUACGUCAGCCUCGACAGCAGCCCAGCCCCGUCCCCCAAGCACCGGGACUACCCGCUCAGCCCUCUGUCGCGACGGAAGAAGCUCUUCACCUUCUCCAGGCCCCCGCGCAGCCGUGACACUGACCGAUUCCUGGAUGCCCUCAGUGAGCAGCUGGGACACCGGGUCACCAUCGUGGAUGAUUUCCUCACCCCUGAGAAUGACUACGAGGAGAUGAGUUUCCACGAUGACCAGGGCAGCUACGUCACCAACGACGUCAGCAGCAGCGAGUACAUCAGCAGCAGCGACGAGGGCAGCUCCCUGACCUACUCCACGCUCUCGGACCACAUCCCCCCCGCCGCUCAGCCCCCUCCGCCACCUCCCCCCCUGCAGUUCCACGACCCCCAGACCAUCCCCACUAAGGCCGAGGCCACGAAGGCCAGCACGUCACCUGCCCCCAAAUCCCUCGUCAGCCACCUGCACCCCAUCCCGCCCCCGCCGCCCCCGCCGCCACCCCCCCCGGUGCCCUGCGCACCCCCCCUGCACCGGGGGCUGCUGCACCGCAGGAGCGAGUCCAACCAUAUGAGCGUCAAGAGGCUGCGGUGGGAGCAAGUGGAGAACUCGGAAGGGACUAUCUGGGGGCAGCUCGGGGAAGACUCGGAUUACGACAAGCUGAGUGAUAUGGUCAAAUACCUCGACCUGGAGCUGCACUUCGGGACGCAGAAGCCUACAAAGCCAACUCUCAUGCCUGAAAACUUUAAAAAGAAAGAUGUGGUUGAAAUCUUGUCCCACAAAAAGGCCUACAACACAUCCAUCCUGAUAGCCCACCUCAAGCUCUCGCACAUCGAGCUGCGCCAGAUUCUCAUGACGAUGGAGACGGACCGCCUGGAGCCUUCCCACAUCAAGCAGCUCUUGCUGUACGCCCCAGACGGAGAGGAAGUCCAGCGCUUCCAGAGCUACAAGGAGAACCCCGGCAAGCUGAGCGAGCCUGACCAGUUUGUGCUGCAGAUGUUGUCAGUACCAGAAUACAAGAUCCGCCUGCGCAGCCUACAUUUUAAGACCACUCUGCAAGAGAAGACAGAGGAGAUCAAAGCUAGCUAUGAGUGCAUCUGCAAGGCCUCUCUAGAGCUGAAAAGCAGCAAGAAGCUGGCUAAGAUCUUGGAGUUUGUGCUGGCGAUGGGAAACUAUCUGAACAACGGGCAGCCCAAGACCAGCAAGACAACAGGCUUUAAAAUCAACUUUCUCACCGAGCUGAACACAACCAAGACUGUUGAUGGGAAAUCCACCUUCCUGCACAUUCUUGCCAAAUCACUUAGCCAACACUUCCCAGAGCUCCUGGGCUUUGCCAAGGAUCUUCCUACAGUGCCGCUCGCUGCCAAAGUGAAUCAGAGAACACUAACGGCUGACCUAAAGGACCUGCACACCACCGUCAGUGACAUACAGAUGGCCUGUCACAACAUGCCAGCUACUGCAGAGGACAGAUUUGCAAUUGUGAUGACUUCCUUCCUGGAGAGUGCCCAGCCUGCCAUGCGAUCCCUGGACGACCUGCAGCACAAGGCCAUGGAAGAAUUCAGCAAGGUGUUGUCCUUCUUCGGGGAAGACUCGAAAAUGACAACUUCUGAAGCUUUCUUUGGCAUUUUUGCAGAAUUCAUGAGCAAGUUUGAGCGGGCACUCAGCGAUGUGCAGGUCGGCGAGAGCCAGCGCAGCCCCAGGAUGACCUCCCCCCUUGCCUGGUGA